UUUUGAAACGGACUUAACUGGACUGUGUUGAAGCUACUGUCCUCAGUAACCUCCUGAAGAAACUCGUAGAUAGCCAUGAGGAGGAGAAAUAGUAGUAACGCCAGCAGGAGAAGCUCCACUAUUAGAAGACGCAGUGAGAAUUUGCGUUUUGAUGAAUUCGGCUUUGCUUUGACUAAACGAAAGGACCAAAAACUUCAUCACCGAUGUCAUGACUACAGCUACCCCCAGCUGAGCUCAGUGAGGGUGAAAGAGCUGUGUGAGCUGCUCAGCUACUGGAAUGGAGCCAGCUUCAUCUGCAGGAGCCAGAUUGAGCGAUUCAUCAGGAUGGGUAUUCCUCCAAGUCUGCGAGGUAGAGUGUGGAAGUGUCUUCUCACCAUUGACAGUCUGAGAGAAACUAGUGACUUCAACUACCAGAAGUGUUUGUUAGAGGUGCGAGGGCCCCUGGUCGACUUGGGAGUCAGUGAGUACGGCAUCCUGUCGGCAAUCACCACACUGAGCGAAACCCAAAACGAUCUAGGUUUGAACCCUCAGCAGCUGUCCAGCUGCCCCGAGCCCAGAUACUCUGUGGAUGACAUCACACUCUUCAGACAGAUUGCCCUUGACCUGCAACGUUCUUUCCCGACCCACCGCUCUCUGAUGGGGGAGAGCCCAGAAGCCAUUGAAGGUCAGGCUAAACUCUUCAGGGUCCUCAUCGCUUACGCCAAAUACAGCCCAAAGGUUGGAUACAGCCAAGGGAUGUCCUACAUAGCUGCGGUGCUGCUGAUGCAGUUGGGAGAGGAGGAGGCGUUUUGGGCCCUGACAGCCUUGUUGGAUAAACCCAAAUACCUGGCUGAACUGUUUGACCUCAGCCUCACCAGGGUCCAGCAUCAGGUGAAGGUGUUUGACCAGUUCCUGAAACACAGGAAGCCACAGCUCUCUCAGCACAUGGAGUCAGUGGGAGUCCUAUCAGUCCACUUUGUGAUGCCAUGGUUCCUCACUCUCUUCACUUCCCUGCCCUGCUGGGACUCUGUCCUGGCUGUCUGGGAUCUCAUCAUUCUGCAUGGCCUGUCAGCUGUGUUUCGUACUGCUUUGACCAUUAUUGAGCUCCUGGAGCCUCGACUAAUGGACCUGAAUGACGAGGGAGCAGUGUUGCCCUUGCUGCUGAGAGUCCCUGUUGAUGUAGCCCAAUACACCGUGUUAGUUCCUGCCCUGUGGAAUACCGAGGUCCAAGACUGGGAGCUUAAAUGUAUGAACAGUCUGGUGUUGGAUGAAAGCCACCAUGGACCCAAAGCAGAACAGUGUCAAAAUCAGAAGGCCACACUGCCAACCCAAGUCAGUAGAGGUGAAGAAAAAGAAAAUGCAUCAACACCUUCAGAAGGAGAAAAGACGACUGAGAAAGACUCAGUUACAGGGGCUAAAAGUGUGCUGACCCGGGUGAUGCGCCUGGCCCAGCGAUACCUGUUGGACCCGAUGGGUAGAAAGAGGGUUGAAGCGACAAGUUCUCAAACCCAGACCAAGCCCAGACAGCGUAGUCCUGCACCCGGACGAGUGUUCAGGAGUCGGACCUCAGCUUCACUAACACAAGCACAGAUCAGGUCCAGGAGGCGGAGCCAGCAGAGAGGUGCAGCACAGCAGCCGGUAGUGCAGGGGAGCAGUGGUGAUGUCACUGUGACAGAUACAGCUGGGAAAACUCACAGAUCAGAGCAAACCUUCAAGAGGACAGGUACAGGACCUGUUGGCAAGUUGGCCAGUCGCCGUAGCAACCACAGCCUCGUCCAGCCCAUCAGAGUCAAGUCCCUCCGUCUUCUACGAAACAGCAAGAACUCGCCGAGCCAGACCCCUCCCUCCUCCUCUGUCCUCCCCUCGUCCCUCCGAUCCUCUACCCUUCCUCCAUCUUCCUCCAUCCCAUCUUCAAGUCCUCCAUCAUCCAGUGCUCCUCAAAGCGAGGAUCAGCAGAAGCAGCAAGACACACCAAGGACGGCUCUCAUCAAGGAGUUGUCAUCCAGACAUCAGACCAGCGUCCCAUUCAGGAACAGCAGAGAGUCCAAAAUGAUCUGACCCUGAAGAAGACAGAGGAACAUGAUGGAACAAGUGAAGUGAUCAAACGCACAUUAAUAAUAUAAUGUUUACAUUAUAUAUGAAGCCGCAAUUGUUAGUCGUGUAAAUAGGGUGAUUUUAUUUUAUCUUUUAUUUUUGAUCUGGGACCAAAUGGGUGACUAACUUACAUAAGGAAACUAUUAAACUGCAGCAAAUGUCAUGAGUGGACUCUGUGCAGGGUCCAUAUUGACAUGAAUCCAAAUUGCAGGUCAUCUAAAGUUGCUGCUCAGGUCCUGUAGGGUGCUGUUAAACCAGAUUUCCACCAGAGUAUCUUUAUACUGCUUAUGUUUUGAAUACAUAGAUAUGUGUGUGCAUGCAUGCAGUUGUGCAUGUGCAUGUAGCCCGGAUCUAUUUUGAUACUACUUUGAGCUACACUGGUGCUGUUUAUUUUUCCAGUUGACCCAUAAAUGCUUAAACAUGACUCUGUUUUUAUUGUCUUACACAGUUGGCACUAAUA